GCGAGGCACAUGACUUCCGAUGUCAACAUGGACUCGAGUGCCUACGUUAUCAGUAUACUAGUACUUUGGAUGGUGAUAAGCCUAUCAUCACCUGUAUUAUCAGCUGCAGAACCUUGUAUAAAGACGGGACCAUGUACCUGUGUAACAAAACAAUUUACUGUUGAUUUGACUCCUUUGUCCACACCGACACCAAGAUUUCAGGCCAAUGAUGAUAAAUACACCUAUAUAUACAGUCCAUGUAUACCUACCGGACAAAAGUGUGGAGAGAGCACAGUGACAGAUAUUGCUAUUUGCCAAGAACUCACUACCGAUCACAGUACUAAUUUCAUCGUGGGUACUCAGUCAUCUGCCAAAUUUUCUGGUAGUCCUGACAAUGGAUCUCUACAGAUUGAGUAUACAGCAACAAUUCAAGGCGUACAAAGGACUACAUAUAUAUCUGUUGUGUGCUCUGACGAGGAUGGCAGUUUUUCAUAUCUCUCUUCGCCUAGUGAUACUUCAUAUAAAUUACAGUUGAAAACCAAAUAUGCAUGCCUACCGUGUGGGUUAAGUGCUGGAUCUGUGCUGCUAAUUAUAUUCUUUGUGUUGCUUAUUGUGUACAUCAUUGGAGGAAUACUGUUCAUGCGAUACGUGAGAAAAGCCCAGGGGAUAGAAAUGAUUCCAAACCGGGAAAUGUGGAUGGAGUUACCUCUCUUGAUCAAGGACGGAAUAUUGUUUGUUUCACGAGGAUGCAAGACAGACUCGUCAUAUUCCCAGAUUUGAUGAGUCUUAGGACAUGGCGGUACGAAGGAUACAUAAUUACUGGUUAAGUUUGUGAUAAAUUGUACCAAUUGGUUAUUGGUAUUGCCUUUGGGCAUGUGUUUAAAUAUGUUAGGUCAUCCAUUUUAAGGCCAAAGACCAAGAACAAGUUUUAUAGGGAGAUGUUUAGUAUCAGGAAUAAACAAAUUUGGCUAAUGGGAUGAAUUUUUACUGAAAAGAAUAGGGAUGCCUUCUUUCUUCAAAAAUCACAUCUGUUUUGGUCAUUAACUGCUAUAGAACAAAUACUAGUUUCUCUGUAUGUUUUUUUGUGUCUUCAGCAAUGUCAAAGGUUCCUAUUUCAAAAUGUUAAGUUAAAAUCAUUUGGCUGGUGGGAUGAAUUUUUACUGAAAAGAAUAGGGAUGCCUUCUUUCUUCAAAAAUCUCAUCUGUUUUGGUCAUUAACUGCUAUAGAACAAAUACUAGUUUCUCUGUAUAUAUUUUUAUGUGUCUUCAGCAAUGUCUAAGGUUCCUAUUUCAAAAAUUUAAGUUAAAAUCAUAAGUUGAACAAAGGAAAACAUACGUUUUGACAAGUUCUAAAGAAUAUCACUCUAUGUAGACAAUUUUCAGGCUCCUGCCUUUCUUUCAGUCUCAAUGAGGAAUAUUUAAUUUUUGUCACAUCGGUUAUUUAAUGAUUCUUAUAAGUAGUUGUGUAUGUAGCCAUUCAAAACUUAAACAAGAAAGUAGAGCCAAUGUCAGUACUAAAUUUAGCAGGUUAUUCUGUGGGACGCUACAUUUAAGCAAGGAUACCUGAGGUACACAGGGCGUCAUCCUCGAUAAUCCUGGGGUUACGCUCACUUCACUCUCUACACCCCUGGAAUAUGUCCUAGCAACAUUGAUGGCUCAGAGUUGGCCACAAUGCAGAUGAGGCAAGAAGACGUGUUUAAUCCUUUGAUGUACAUCAAAAGAAUCUUGGGUAGGCAUUAUGAUUAAAUUGGCUGGCUUUGAAGUUGGGGUCGCUACUUUGAAUCUUCAAAGGACAAGUAUCAGCCUAGCGAUUGGUCUGAUAUUUUUAAUCGAGACCAAUCAAAUAGCUAGUCAUGUGCCUUCAAUUCUACUGAGUAAGUGUGUAUUUUUAUGUGAAACCUUAUAACGAUUGAAUUUUCAAGAAAAUGAGAAAUUGAAUGUAUACAAUGUCAUCAUUAGUGAAUUUCAAACGAAGUGCAUUUUGAGUAGGUGUGUAUUUUGUGUGGAAGCUUAUAUGUAAAAAAAAUCUAGGAAAUGAGAAUUUUAUGAAAAGAGUAGCUGAAGUGAGAAAGUAGAAAUGUAUAUGACGAUGAAAAUGAUAUCAAAUUUGUUCAUGUAUGUUUAUACAUUGUAUAAGCAUUGCGAUAAAAUAAUGCUUUUGAAAUUAUUUCAUGUCAAAUUUAACAUCGUUUUUUUGUGUAAUUGACUUUUGUAAUAUAAGUGGCUCACAAAAAUAGCUCAAUGAGAAAGAAAUUAAUUUUAUAACAAUGGGUAUACAUCUAGCGAGGAUAUCUUCAAUUCUUAAAACGUCAUGUUUGGCAUGAAGUUAUAUUUAAAUUAAAAUGAUAUAUUAUUUUACAUCAAUUAUGAAACAAGUUCUAUCAACUUUUAUUUAUCACCCUUGUUGUAAUUGGUUUGGAUGAUAGUGUGCAAAAGGGUUUAUAUGUGGGAAGAAACCAGAAUACGCGGAGAAAACCCAUGUGGUCAGGCAGAUGACCCCUGAAACCUUCUCAAGUUUGAUUGGGGAACCAAACUCUGACCACCUUGGUGAAAGGCAAGUUCACUAUCCAAUGCGCCACCUGACCAUGGUUACAUUUGCAUGGCAUUACCAUUACAAUCAAGCCUCGUUAUUCCUGCAUCCACAAAGCUGGACAUCUCACACAUCCAGCUUCAAAGUUAACCACUUAAUCCAUCCAACAAUCACUUCAAAAUCUGUGGUUUUCCAACCUUUCCACUAGUGUUUUAGUGGACAUAGUAUCUUUUUCUUUAAAAACUGUCCAUGUAAUUGUGCCAUGUCACAAUCGAGGAAGGUGGCUUGAUAACAAGGGUCUGCUGUAUAAAAACCAGCCAAAUUGCAAUGGCUAACAUACAUGUAAUACCAAAGCCAAAUUAUGAAUAUCAUUAUUGUGAUGACACUGUUGCCUUGUCCUAUAAAUAUACUACAGAAAGUUCCUGGCAGAUUGAAAGAUACAGGAUACUUAUUUUCUUACCGAAAUUGGUAAAACCCGAGGGUCCGCCGAGAAAAAUAGAAAAGAUUUUGAGGACUAAUAUUUUAUGCUGUCGCCAUUUUUGGAAGGUGGGGGUAUAUAGUGCUAGCCAUAUGGUUCCUUUCUAACUGGAUGUAAGGAUUUGAACCAAAUUACAUCAUUUCCAAAAAAAUACAUAAUGUAGAAAAAUAUUCUUAUAUAUUUGUCAUAAUGAAUGAGUUGGAUUACAUUGUUUAUGCUCUCGGAGUCAUAUAUUCAAAUGUGUGGAAACAAAAUUUAAUACUGUAUACCGAGAAAUGUUUGCUGCAGUUUAAUUUUCACCUUUUCACUUCCGCAAUGAAGACAAAUUACUUAUUACAGCAAACACUAGUAAGUGAUAUAACAAAGAUAGUAAUCAAAUGUGAAGGUCAAAGUAAUCAAAUGUGAACGACAAAGUAAUCAAAUGUGAAGGACAAAGUAAUCAAAUGUGAAGGACAAAGUUAAUAUUGGACGGAAGUGAAUUUUAUUGGUCUGGAACAAAAAUUUGAAUGGGCCAAAGUUUUUGGGUAUACGGUAAUUCUGAAAGAAGCCUUAUAUCAGUAUUUAAAAUGAAUUAAUGAGAACACAUCAUUUACGCCAUUAGAGCCUUUUUAGGUCACCUGAGCUUUGCUCAAGUGACCUAUUCUAAUCGCUAUCCGUCCGUCGUCGUCCGUC